AUGGAAUCCAGCAUGAACAGAUCACGUAGCAGCCGAAGAACCAGCAGCAGAGGUUUGGGUGAUUCUAGCCACCACAGAAGCCGUAGGCGAGGUUCGAACCGAUCACCAUCACCCUUUCGAAGACAUUCUGUGCGAAUGGUCCCACCCCCGAGACCACGCUUUGGAAUUGGGACCACCGCGCACAUGCUCCCUACCAGCAGUCUGAGUCCAGCAAAGACUGUCUUUUCCAUUUUUGCAGGAAUCUACAUGAGAAUUGAUACAGAUCGACUCGAUGAAAAUUGCGGUCUUGGAGCUCCUGGACAGCCAAUUCAGUUGGGACCGGCAUUUGCAUUCUCGUUGGAGACUUGUACUACUGUAGGAUAUGGCCUGCCAAACGGAACCAAUGCCUUCUUUGAAAAUCAGUGCCCUGAUAUUGUUGUGGCCAUUUACUUUCAAAUGGUCUGGAGUAUGAUGUUCAAUGCAUUCUUAUUUGCAUUUUUCUUUGCUAGAAUUGCCAAGUCCGAAUCACGUGGAAUCCAAGUCAUUUUUUCCAACAAGGCUAUCUUCAGCAAUCGGCCAGAUGUCCCAUAUCCGUGCUUCUCAUUUCGAGUUUUUGAUGUCGACGGGACCUUCCCAGUGGUAGAAGCUCAUGUCAGAAUGUAUGUUGUCACACAAAAGUCACCCAUCCCCAUUCCUCUUCGUAUCGUUAUCCCGAAUGAUGACUUUGGGUCCAUGCUGAUGCUCAGUCUUCCCAGUCAAGUUGUGCAUGCUAUGGAUGCUUACAGCCCCAUGGCGCCGCGGCCGAAAACCAGAUGCCCUGCGUCGGCGACUGUGCCCAAUGGUGGGUUGCACCUACGUCAAGUGGAUGCUCUAACCAACAACCGUGACGACGUGAUUUGUCCUGUCUGUGCGGAAUCCUAUGGGACGGCCGAACGAUUGAUCAAGCACGGCAAAUUCUGUUCUUUGACUGAAACUCAUGACGAAAUUCCCUUUCGAGGAAGUCACAGAGAGGUAGAUUGGGACGAUUGGUCCAGAUUGCUCGAAAAGUCAACAACCUGGUCGAUGCAGCAGCUGGAACAAUUCUUUCGAUCUGACAUUUCAGAAGUAUUGUGCAUUGUAGAGGGCAUUGAUCCACUAGCCUCGGGUACCUUUCAGGCUAUUCAGUCCUAUCAAGUGGAAGACAUCCACUUUGGCGAAGCCCACUUUGCGGAUUGUGUUUGCUUGGAUAUCAACAAAAGCCUUGUUGUGGACCUGGACUUCUUUCACAAAAUCACACCCUAUGUACCAAAGGGGCCGGAUUCUGAUCGAUCCCAAGGCGGUCAGUAUGAUGAAUCGGACAUUAGUAUUGUGAGCGGUGUCGAUAGCUUGAAGAGGACUCCAUCGGAUGUUGGAAAACUCCACGAUUCUACUGCAGAGCUUGAGCUAGAUUCUCCCGAAAAGGAGAAUGGUCAGAAACCGCCUUGGAUGAAACUCAAUCUACGACACGUCCCAACACCCGAAAACGCAAUAACCCCAGCAGAACCAAACGAUGACGACAAGAAGGGCGACAAGGAUUUGGAACCGCGUCAAUUAGAUUAUGAUGACAAACCCAUAGAAGAACAAGUCCCAUUCGGAGAUUUGAAACCACGUUCUGGAGAAGAACAAUCAGCGACGGCUCCGGCACGACCACCUAUCGUCAAAGAAAACUCGAUGAAAGACGGCUCGUUCCGAUUGCCCGAUCCCAUUCCACAGGCGGAUGUCGGACCAGCACGGCGGUUCACAGCUCCCUCAACGGACUAUGAACGCCCUCCUCCAUUGUUUACAGUUGACAGUGACCUGCAGGAGGACUAUCAAACCGCCUCUGGGCGACAACCAAACAGUCGUUCUUCGAUGCCCAACAACAUGAUGAACUCAUUAAUCACCGGAAAGUUUUGA